AUGUCGCCCUGUAAAUCUUGGAAUACCUGUGCUGUGGUGGUUACCCUUCUUUGUGACCUGAUCUCCGCUCAGUUUCCUCGCCAGUGCACCACCCCUGAGACCUUGGCUACUGGAGAGUGUUGUCCCAGCCUCUACCCUCAACAGUCUCCAAAUCCCAGCGACCUCUGUGGCUUCACCGUGGGCCGCGGCGGCUGCAUGCCCGUCAUGGUGGACGCCAGGCCUCAUGGAUCCCAGUUUAAGGUGGAAGGGCUGGAUGACCGAGAACACUGGCCCAUCCGCUUCUUCAACAAGGCUUGUCUGUGCAACGGCCGCUUCUACGGAUACAACUGCGGCAGCUGCAAACCUGGGUGGGCUGGAGAUGACUGUGAUCAGCCCAUUGUAGUUGCAAGAAGAAAUAUUAUGGACCUGAAUGGUUCAGAGCGCCAGCGUUUUAUUCAUGCGCUGGACCUUGCAAAGAACACCGUGCACCCGGACUAUGUCAUUGCCACCAGACACUACAAUCAGCUUGUUGAUCCAGAAAGCAACACUACCAAUUUCGAGAACAUUUCCAUUUAUGACUACUUCGUCUGGACUCACUACUACAGCGUCAGCAAAACCUUCCUGGGUGCGGGCCAGGGCAGUGCUGGAGGUAUAGACUUCUCUCAUGAAGGGCCUGCCUUCCUCACCUGGCACAGGUUCCAUGUGCUGCAGCUUGAAAGGGAUAUUCAGAACCUUCUGAAAGAUCCAACGUUUGCUCUGCCUUACUGGAAUUUUGCCAUUGGUGGGAACAAGUGUGAUAUUUGCACUGACGAUCUGAUGGGUUCCAGGAGCAAUUUUGGACAGAACCUGCUGAGCCCCAAUUCAAUCUUCUCUCAGUGGAGAAUUGUCUGUGAACAUGUGGAGGAUUAUGAGAGCCUAGGAACGAUCUGCAACAGUACAUCUGGAGGCCCGAUCAGGAGAAAUCCUGCAGGGAAUGUGGCACGGCCCAUGGUGCAAAGACUUCCCGAAAUGGAAGAGGUUUUGCUCUGUCUGGAAGUGAACUUGUUUGACACGGCACCGUUCUUCUCAAAUUCUUCUGAAAGCUUCAGAAAUGCAAUAGAAGGAUACAGCGAGCCAUCUGGACAGUACAACCCAACCGUGCGAAGCCUCCAUAACCUUGCUCACUUGUUCCUGAACGGUACAGGAGGACAGACCCACUUAUCUCCAAACGACCCAAUCUUCGUGUUGCUGCACACGUUCACAGAUGCUGUGUUUGAUGAAUGGCUGAGAAGACACAAUGCAGAUUCUACUCAGUAUCCGCUGGAAAAUGCUCCUAUUGGCCACAAUAGACAACACAAUAUGGUUCCUUUCUGGCCCCCAGUGCCCAACAGGGAAAUGUUUGUAACGGCGCCUGAGAACCUGGGUUACAUGUAUGAAAUUCAGUGGCCUAGGCUUCCAUUAAAAAAUGAAGAGAUUACAAUAAUAGCGGUCAUUGUGGCCUUGGUUCUUGUGGCUGUAAUAUUUGUUGCUGCCCGGUGUGCUGCCAAGAGAAGGGGCCAGAGGAAUGAAGUGCUGAAGCCCCUCCUGGAAAAGUCCUACCAGUUUUAUGCUGAAGAGGAGGAUGUGGAAACGGCGUGA